ACAUAGCCAGGGUGUGGCUGUCUGAAGCCUGGAGAAGAAGGUGAGAAGGCAAGUGUAGAGAAAGAGAGAGAGAAACUUGAAGAAGGAUAUCAGCAGCGAAAAAAGUAUGUGCGUGUGAGAUAGGUUUACAGACCAGUUAAAAGUAACUUGUGUAUGUGUGAGACCUAAUAACUUAUCAAAAGUCACAAUAGUAAUUAUUCCUAAAUUCUGAGAAAGGGAAAAGGAGACAGAAACAACAAGGAAGAGAGCAGAGGGUGAAAAGAAAAAGGAAGUUACUAAGAAAGUUGAAAACGUAUUGCCCUACCCCGACGCAUGGCCCGCCAGUACCCAGCGUAUGGGCUUUACCUGUACGGAGAGGGCCAGUACGCUCAGGACACUCGCGGACUAAAACUAACCGGGGCCCCUGUUCUUUUCCUACCUGGAAACGCAGGCAGCUACAAACAAGCUCGCUCCCUGGGUUCGGUGGCUCUGAGGAAGGCUGAGGCCCUGGAAGGAGGGGUCCACCUCAACGUGUUCACCAUCGACUUCAACGAGGAGCUUGUGGCCCUGUAUGGAGGCAGCCUGCGCCGGCAGACCCACUUCCUACACGAGAGCAUCAAGGCCAUCCUGCGCCUCUACAAGGACCAUGAAGCCCCUCCUCAUAGUGUGGUGUUGGUGGGUCACUCCAUGGGGGGAGUGGUGGCCCGAGCCCUUUUCACCCUGCCCCGCUUCAGCCCUCGCCUUGUCAGCCUCAUCAUCACCCAGGCCUCCCCUCACCAGGCCCCCGUGCUGUCCCUCGACACACACCUACUGGAGUUCUACUCUGCUGUGAGACAGCGCUGGGUGGGUCGAGCAGAAGACCUGCGCAAUGUGACUGUUCUCUCCGUGGGGGGUGGUUACCGUGACUACCAGGUGCGCUCCGGCCUCACGGCCCUGCCCUGCCCCCAGGAUGACCCAAGCAAGCUGUCUCUGGUGGUUACUGCUGUUCCUAGGACCUGGGUGUCCACGGACCACCUGUCCAUUGUUUGGUGCAAAGAACUGGUUCUGGCCACUGUGCGGGCAUUCUUUGACCUCAUUGAACCUGAAACGGGACAGUUUUCAGACGAUCCAGAGAGGAGAAUGGCCAUUCUGAACCAUCAUUUUAUCAGACACCCUGUACGUGUGCUGGGUGAGCAGCUAGAGACGCCCGUUUCCCUCUCAGGGUCUCCUAAAACGUGGAGCGAGGUGAACACACUCCGUCUGGCGUACAGUGCUCCCAAAGAAGGACAAGCUAAGUAUUUCCUGUUUGCCCUCUCCAGUCGCAGGAGAGCCUACAGCCACUUCUACUGUCGCAGCAACAACCUGGAAAUGACUAGCUGGGUUUACGGUUGUACACAGAUGAACGGAUCCAUGUGUGUGCAGGCAGUGGAUCUGUCUUUUGGAACAGAACUUCUCCCAGCUUACAAGGUUCUGACUCUGAGCCUCAGUGAGCUGUCCUCUGUCUCUCACCUCAUUGUGGUUGCCUCCAACCUCAACGGUAGACAGUUCACAGUGGAGUGUGAGUGGCAGAGACAGGAGUCUCAGACCAUCUCUGUGCCAGUACCACACGUUCUCUCCUUCGGCAUGAGUGUUAGUGACGUCACUCUCAACUCCACCGGACUUCGGCACACCAUUGAGCUGCAGCACUUUCAUCAGGUCUAUCAGGCUUUCAGAAUUUCAGUCGUAAGCCACUGCAAAGUAACCAAAGCAGACAGACUGCCCAAUGUCUACAUAAUGAAGGUGCCAUGGUUUAGGGAGGACUCCGUUACCACGUCCAGUAUUCCCUCUGUAACAGAGAUAUCGGGAAUGCUCCACACGAGUAGUCCUGACAACUCCGCUGGUGUCCUGUUGCAGCUCCACACUGCCCCCAACUGCCACUAUAAGGUAUCUGUGAGAACAUCAUUUCCUAGAGUGCUUGGACAGGUGCUGAGGUUCUGUGGGCCCGUGUUGCCGGUGUACGUGGCUGUAGCGCUCCUACUGGCCUGUGGGGGGCAGAUGUCCUCUGUCGUGAGGAUGGGGCGCCCCCUACAGAUGAGCCAUGCCGUGGCCAGAUCCCUGCAGCCCCACAAGGUGGACCUUCCCGUCUACCUGCUGCAUCUGCUGCUCAGGUAUAGCUGGUUCCAGGAUGGUUGGUCCGCUCUUCAUCUCCCGCCGUUAGAUGCUCUCCCCGCCACCUCCCCAGAUGGUACGACACAGGAGGGGUUGCCCCUAAACGAAGACUGGCCACGCCUCCUGUCCCCCCUGCUGUAUGUUUUGGGAGCAGCCAUGGCCUUCUGGGGCAGCGUGCUGCUUCGCCUCUUUCUAAGGCUGCUUUCGUUGCUAUUGGCCCCGCUUCACAGGCCCUCUGUGUCUCGGGACUGCGGCACCCUGCAUAGGCGUACUCAGCUGCUCCUCAUCCUGUGUCUGAGCGUGUUAGGAUGGGCUUCCUGUGGAGCCCUGUCAAUCACAGCCACCUUCCUGCUGCAUCUCUACCGAGUCCUGAGGCUACAGAUGACAGAGAGGUCUCUGAGUCAUAUGCUGAACCUGGUGCCCGAGAAACAAACAGACAAAGACAACGGAACUGGAAACAAAGAGAGAGGCACUGGGGAAAAAGAGAGAGGCACUGGGGAAAAAGAGAGAGGCACUGGGGAAAAAGAGAGAGGCACUGGGGAAAAAGAGAGAGGCACUGGGGAAAAAGAGAGAGGCACUGGGGAAAAAGAGAGAGGCACUGGGGAAAAAGAGAGAGGCACCGGGAACAGUGAGGUCCUGGACAGCAAACCUAAAGAAUGUAACGGCGCACCCCUGCUGUCGGACUCAGUACUGCAGGAUGUGAGAGAUGACCUGCAGCUGCACGUCAGCCUGUCUGCUCUCCUCACUCUACCAGUCAUGCUCUGUGCCCCAUCACUGAUCCACUGGACCCGCAACCUCAGAUAUUCUGUUGCUCGUUUGGAUCCUGACCCUUGCUGGCCCCACUCCGUGCCUCUCUUCAUCGCCUCUCUGCUGCUCAUCAACUGUAACACACUCACUCUCAGCUACAGUAAAACCCUGCCUAUCACAUCCCGCCUGGUGUUGCCUCUCUCCGUUGCCAUGGUGACUUUCUCCCCACUCCAUCUAUACCGUGUAAACUACUUUGUGUCUGCAGCCCUGGUUCCGCUGGCUGUUUCCUGUCUCUUCUGAGUUCUGCUGGUACCUGCGCUAGGCCUAUCACUCAGCAGACUCACAGAUCCGGGUCAGGUCCCCAAACUGGUCAAAGCUAGUCUGGCCUGGGAUUGCGCUCCCCUUUCAGGCCCUGAAGGGGGCGACGAUGGCGACCCUACAGCAGAGCCAUAGACAUACAUAGUUUGCGAAACUGUCCGCCAUGUUGUCUCCAAGUGUUCCAAGCUUUUGGUGCCAACAUGGCUACCAUUGGAAUUCCCAGUCUUAACCAAGUUUGCCUUACUCUGUAUAUAUAUGGCUCUGUCUUCAAGGAGCAUGACACGAUUACUCCUUCAUAACAAAUGUCACGCCUGAUACUUGUGGUUCUCAACAGGAUAUUGCUCUCAUCGUUUUUCAUACAACUGUAAUUUAACCUAUUUUAGUACAGUAUAAUUGUGGUAAUAGUGAGUAUGAGGGGAUUUGUUUCGUGUUUAUUGGAUUCUGUUUAUUGGCCCUAAACGUCUUGGCCUGUCUUAUUGGUAAAUUUGAUUGAACACACUCAUGAAGCUAGCUACCUUUACUCUGUCAUUAGUAAGAUGUCAAAUGUUGUAAUUAGGGUUGCAAAACUACCUGUAAUUUACCAUUAUAAAAUAUGAUUAAAAAAAAGACAUUUUACAUGCUAUGAAAAUUAUUAAAAUCCUUAAACUUUUCAAAAGUCUGGUAGUUUACUGGUCAAUUUUGAAAGUUACUGGUAACAUUCCCUCCCUUUGCAACCUUAGUUACAAUAUUGUCAUGCAGCUAGCUGUACUGUAUGCAAGAUGACCGUGGCUAACUCGCUUGCUUGGCUAGCUAUUGUAACUGCACAGGACAUGUUCCGUCAUGCUUUUGACAGUGUAAAGAUUUGAAAGGUUUUACAAGGAAGCGUUGGCUUAAACUCUAUCACACCCUCAAACCUUCUUCAGCUGCUAUCUUAUGUUGCUAUCAUCCUGUUCAAAACACAGAUGAUGCAUUUUUGAAAGUGGAGCUCCUAACUACAUAACCUGUUCUUAGCCAAGUAUGGUCAUUUAUUAUGCAGUAUGUGGCCAUAGCUAUGAAUGUUAUUGGUUAGUCUCAAUCUAAAGUGACCGGGUCCUGACUACCUAAGAUAUCACGAGGAAUGGAUGACCCUGCGCACCAUAGCUUAAUUUAGUUGUGCAAUGUUGUAGGAAGGUUAUAUGGAGUUGGAUGCUAUUCCACAUCAGAUCACUAGGGGGAUAACUUGACGUUGUAUCUAUGUCGUAACAUAACUACUUGAGCAGUUUUUCUGUGCAUCUCUAUGGAGGGAGUCCAGGUUGAUGUUAUCCAUACUAGAGUAUAUUAGAUCUGAUAUUACCUUGCAAACAGGCCUAUCAUGUGACUUUGAUAUUCUGUUACAAGCUACUGUCUAUUUCUGAUUUAACAAAAUGUCCUCCGCUUGAAGAGCUAGCUUUAAAGGGAUCUUUGGCUUUUUUAUUGAUGUCGUUAAGAGGCCAUGGCCCCUAUUAUUUACUAGAAGAUUCGUUACUUACUUGGAAAACAUCAGCACUUGGUAUUUCCAUUUGCCUUAAUCAGUUACCUCACAUUUUUCCAAACUGGAUUUUCUAAAGACACAUAGCUCUUGCAUUGAAAUACAGUUGACAAACUGACAUCGGCUUGGUAUCCACAAGGCAAAUACACGUAUAAGUGUGUAUUACCAUCACUGUAGUAAUGAAAGCACAGGGUUGUAGAUAUUCAGGAUCAGAUGAAGGAGCCCUAUUGCCACCGAUACAUGGAGGCACCUGAGAUGGUGCCUUUUAGACUGUUUCACCCUCUACCGUUUGCUAAUUCAAGGUGUGUGUGUUUGCGUAAAACCCUAUCAGCCAUAGCUCUACUCCAAUGUACAACACAGUGGAUUGUGUUAGUGGUGUUUUUUUGACAAUUGUUUUGUAAGAAUUAACCAAUAGUGUGUGUGUGUGUGUGCGUGUACUUUUGAUGCUCACCAGCACCCCUUGACCCCAACUCUGUUGGCAUCCCUUGGACAAAGCAGCUAGUGCCUUUCUGCCGAUUUGCCCCUCCACGCAUUCACUCUCCUAUCUGCCUGUCAAUCAAGACACUUCCCUAGUAUAGGGCAUAAGAUUGUGACAUAGACCAGCAUCUCUGACAAGUGACUAAUCUGGUCAUCUGAGUGCAACAGUAGUGAGCAUAACUCUUGCUUGUAGCUGUCUUAACACUUUCAUUUGCAAGACAGAACAGAUUUCAAAUACAGAAUGGUUACAUGGAAUGGAACAGGUUAUGUUGGUGUGUGUUAAAUUAUUUGACAAAGCCACAAUGUUGUUAUGUCAAGGUAAAGGCAGCUUGGUUCUUGUACAGUGUUACAACUUUUCAAGCUCAAGAAGACAGGCUAUGAAUUAAACACCUUUGUCCAUCCUAGCUAGCUUCAAUUUAAAGAGACCAAACCCACUCCAGCACAAACACACACGCAUAUACUACACUCUCUCCCCGACGACACCCCUGUGUCACCUGCACUGUGAAUGUACCUGUUUGUUUGUUUGUAUGUGUGUGCAUAAGUAUGUAAGACUUUAGUGUGGGUGCUUUGUGUGUACUAAACUAUAGUAUGUCAAUGUGGUGCAGUUUUAGUGCUUUGAAACGUACAUAUUCUGCCUCAUUCCAAAUGUGAAUCGUGACCAGAUUUAUAUAGAUGAAACUUUGUGGUAAAACUAGUAGAAAUGGGCAUAUGUUUUCUAUGAAUAUGAUAGAUUUUUUUUUUUCUUUUUUUAUUGGUGUUCACUGUGACCGUGCCGUGAUUUCUGAAGUGAGAUUGACACCUCAGCAACUACUCAUGUUCUAACGUAACCAACCAGAGUGAAGCUGUCACUACAAGCAUAUCUCAAUUUAUAUGUGUUUUGUUUAGCUUUUUAUGCUCUUUGAGAUUAUUUUUAUGUAAUGAAAAGCACUACACAAGUUAAAUAAAUAAUAAUUAUAUGGGAUAUUGUUCCUUGAACCCUGAAAUGCCUAAUGUUUGCAUUCAUAGCUGUUAGGAUUGUAAUGUUAGCAGUCAUAACCUUUUUUAUUAUUAAAAUCUGUUAUUGCAACUGUAAGUGGUCAUAACAGUUGUUUGUUAUUAAAAGCAGACAUAAUUCGCAUUAUGAUUGCCUGAAAAUGUAUAUGCUCACGUUAACAGAGUAAUGUAGUAGAUGGUGGCUGCUUGUGGAAUGAUGAAGGAUUAUACCAAGGAUAUAGCUGAUGAUUUUAAGGAAAGUGUCUCCAAAUUGUACAUAUUGUGUGUCUAAUGAAGUGAAUUGCUGUUGCUUCGUGCUGUUGUAGCUUUACUGUUGCAACUAGGAUACUAGACAGACUUCAACUCCACAGCGACCCCACCCCCCCACCCCAGUACUUUCUUCUUUGAUUCACAUCCAAUGACAAAAUACUUACAUGUAAAUAUCCCAACAUACAUAUUCAACUAGAGUGGUGGAUUUUGUUCAGCAACUGUAAAGUCCAGAUGAAUGCUAAAAAAAAAAGUGUUCCCAAACUGUCGGUUUCACGCUGAUCGUCAUGUUAUUGAUGCGGUCUCUUGCCGUUUCUGUCCCAGGUGACUUUAAACCUAUAACCUCCUAUCUCUAACUGGUCCUCAUUGUGUGACGAUGGUCUCUUGCUGACCUUUGCUGAACAAGAAAUAUUCCAAAAAUGAAAUUGGACCUUGCCCUGAGUGAAUGUUUGGAGUUUGUUUCUACAAUUAGAUUAUAGGUCAAGUGACAAGGACCGGCAUACUCAAUUCUCAGGUUUUAGCAUUGUCGCAACAAAAAAAAGAUUGCUUUGGUGUUUUUUUUUAUAUUGGAAACAUUUUUUAUCUAAUGUUAUUAUAACUGAGAUUUGUGCAAUUUGUUAGCAUUAUUGCUGUUCAAAUAAAGUUGUGAGAAGAAAUGGCAA